AUGCGUCCAUCAACCCUCUUCUUGUUCCCGGCCCUCGCCGCCCUGGCAGCGGCCCAGACCAACACGCAGACGGUCACGGCGACAGCUACCCAGACGGGCAGCGUCAUGACAAUCCAGUCGACAAUUCAGUCCCUGACGACGGUGUACCCGACCACAGCUCAAACUGCCCAGACCACUGUCACCGCCACCGGGCAGACUGCCACCGUGGUCCCGACCGCAGGGGCCAAUCUCUUGAGCAUCGAAGCCCCCGUCGUGGGAAUGAUGGUUGGAUGUGCAUUGGGCAUGGCUUUGCUGUGA